AUGUCUGAAAAAAAGAGCCAAGAGUGUUCCUAUAAAGACAACAAUCAACAGGAAAACCCUGAUUCCAGACCUGAGCUGCAGUUAUCUGUGAGCUAUGUGUAUCACUUUCUGAAAGAAAAACAAUACACACCAUGCUCAGGUUCCACAACAACAGAUUUCCUCCUUGCCACACUUGCCUCUCCUACAGACUACAUCUUGCAGCUAGCUGGUAUGCUCUGA